UUGCCCUGUCACUCUGAUGCAAUCUUGUGGAAGGCAAACACGCAAGCCUCCAGCUCAUUAUCAUCCCUUUGCAGGCUGUUGCAAAGAGAUGCCCAUUACAAAUUCCUUUUUCUCCACCAACAUGCGGAUCAAAUUCCCUGUGCUGGCUCUUCUUUUGGAAGUGGUCAUUAUUGUGUUAUUUGCGAUUUUUGUAAGAUAUGAGGAAAGAGACUUCCGAACAGACUUAUACCCACACUUUCAAGAUGUUCAUGUGAUGAUAUUUGUUGGAUUUGGCUUCUUGAUGACUUUCCUUAAAAAGUAUGGCUUCACCAGUGUUGGUAUCAACUUGCUCAUUGCUGCCUUGGGUCUCCAGUGGGGCAUCCUACUCCAGGGAUUUUGGCAUAUGGCAUCAAAUGAAAUCCGUAUUGGCAUUGCAAAUAUGAUCAAUGCAGACUUCAGCACAGCAGUUGUCCUGAUUUCAUUUGGCGCUGUCCUCGGGAGGACAAGUCCGGUUCAGAUGCUGAUCAUGGCCAUUUUUGAAAUCACCAUCUUUGCAUGCAAUGAGCACCUUGUUGUGGAAGUCCUAAAGGCAACCGACAUUGGCGCAUCCAUGACUAUUCAUGCUUUUGGAGCAUACUUUGGUCUGGCUGUGGCUCGAGUCCUAUACCGCCCUGGCCUAUCAAAGGGGCAUGAGAAUGAAGGUUCUGUUUACCAUUCUGACUUAUUUGCUAUGAUAGGGACUCUUUUCCUCUGGCUGUUUUGGCCCAGCUUUAACUCAGCAAUUGCAGAGAAGGGAGAGCCUCAGCAGAGAGCCAUCAUCAACACAUACCUCUCUCUCGCAGCAUCCACCCUCACAGCCUUUGCCUUCUCUGUCUUGAUGGAACCCAGAGGCAAACUUGACAUGGUGCACAUUCAAAAUGCAACUUUAGCAGGAGGCGUUGCUGUGGGAUCCUGUGCAGACUUGAACAUCUUGCCCCUUGGAGCCAUGAUAAUCGGCAGCAUAGCUGGAAUUGUCUCAGUUGCUGGAUUCAAAUACUUGACUCCACGUCUUGCCUCUGUGCUGAAAAUUCAAGAUACCUGUGGUGUCCAUAACCUUCAUGGCUUGCCUGGUAUCUUGGGAGGCAUUGCAAGCAUAAUUGCAGCUGCUGCGCAGGUCAACAAGCAGAUCUCUGCUGGGCUGCAGGCUGCUGCUCUGGGUUGUUCCAUUGGGAUUGCCUUAGUAGGAGGAGCCCUCACAGGGUUACUUAUAAAUCUGUCAUUCUUGGGACAGCCACCGGACCAGAACUGCUAUGAUGACUCAGUGUAUUGGGAGGUUCCCACUGAAGAGGUGCCACACACAACCCAUCAUCUUUACCAGGAGGUUCAAAGAAAACUGAGUGUUGAAGAAUUGAAGGAGUAGCCCAAAACUACCUGUUUUCUCUAUCAUCGUAUCAAAUUGUCAUUUAUCUUGGCCAUACAUUAUUUUUCUACUUGUGUUUGUGUGGACUUAUUCUCUUUCAAAUAUUUGCCAUUUGUCUUUAAAACAUUUUAGAAGCCACUUUGACUUCCUUUAUUGAGAGAAAGGCAGGAUAUAAAUAAAUAGAAUUAAUAAAUGACUGUUUCUCUAGAAAACUAUUUUGAAUAUCACCCACAUGAAGAAUCACUUUCAACUGACAACCUUAGAAAUAUGUACUUCUAACAAACUGGCAGUUACGCCUGGUGAAAGAGGCUUAUCGGUAAGAAGCAUACCAUGCAGGAAUUUAACCUACUCUAAUUUACUAGAAACAGUAUAAAACAAAGACAAAUGGUGCAAUUUAAUACAUUCUUUAAGAAAUAAAUAAAUUCUGAAAUUAA